AUGCGAAUUUGCGUGAAAACGUUAACUGGUAAAACAAUGAUACUCGAAGUGGAAGCUUCCGAUACAAUUGAGAAUAUUAAGGGGAAAAUACAAGAAAAAGUGGGAAUACCAAAAUAUCAGCAACGACUUAUUUUUGCCGGAAAACAAUUGCAAGACGACCGAACAUUAUGGGACUACAAUAUAGGGAAUGAAUCGACUUUGCACCUGGUUUUACGAUUUAGAGGAGGAAUGCAAAUUUGUGUAAAAACGCUUACUGGUAAAACGAUAGCAUUGGAAGUCGAAGCAUCGGAUACCGUUGAGAAUGUAAAGGCGAAGAUUCAGUAUAAAGAGGGUAUACCACCAGACCAGCAGCGCCUUAUUUUCGCUAGUAAACAGCUUGAAGAUGGGCGAACAUUAUCCGAUUACAAUAUACAGAAGGAGUCAGUACUUUUCUUGGUGCUUCGAUUACGAGGAGGAAUGCAAAUUUUCGUAAAAACGCUUACCGGUAAAACGAUAACAUUGGAGGUUGAAGAAUCGGAUACUAUUGAGAAUGUGAAAGCAAAAAUUCAGUAUAAGGAGGGUAUACCACCAGAUCAGCAACGCCUUAUUUUUGCUGAAUUAUUUUUCUUAUCAUUUUGGUUGAUUAAAGGUAAGCAGCUUGAAAAUAACAGAACAUUGUCCGAUUACCAUAUUCAGAAGGAGUCAACAAUUUAUUUGGUACUUCGAUUACGAGGAGGAAUGCAAAUUUUCGUAAAAACGCUGACGGGCAAGACAAUUACGUUAGCAGUCGAAGCCUCUGACACAAUAGAGAGUGUAAAAGCCAAGAUCCAGGACAAGGAAGGCAUCCCACCCGAUCAGCAGCGUCUGAUCUUUGCGGGAAAGCAACUUGAAGAUGGGCGCACACUUUCUGACUAUAACAUUCAGAAGGAAUCGACGCUUCAUCUUAAUUUUUAUCAUUUUAUCAAAAAUUUAUCAUUUUGGUUGAUUACAGGUAAACAGCUUGAAGAUGGGCGAACAUUAUCCGAUUACAAUAUACAGAAGGAGUCAGUACUUUUCUUGGUGCUUCGAUUACGAGGAGGAAUGCAAAUUUUCGUAAAAACGCUGACGGGCAAGACAAUUACGUUAGCAGUCGAAGCCUCUGACACAAUAGAGAGUGUAAAAGCCAAGAUCCAGGACAAGGAAGGCAUCCCACCCGAUCAGCAGCGUCUGAUCUUUGCGGGAAAGCAACUUGAAGAUGGGCGCACACUUUCUGACUAUAAUAUUCAGAAGGAAUCGACGCUUCAUCUUGUUCUUCGUCUUCGUGGUGGCAAUUAA